UUCCCAACAAAACCUGGAAGAAAGCAAGCCUAUAAAUUCUCUUCAACCUAACAGUGCCGAAGUUCCAAUUUCAGCACAUAUCUGUAAUACUUUCACUCAUCGCCAAAGUUCCAAGACCUUGAAACUGUCUUCUAGAAGCCAAUGA